UGGGUAUAUUUACAAAUAACGAUUUCAUUUAGGCUGGAUCUUUUCAACGAGAUAGAUUUUUAUUAAAAUGCUCCAACUGGCGCAAUUACGUAAAGCAUUUACGCUAAGUUCAAGUCGCAGGUUUCAACACACCCUCAUGCGAAGCGAAUUAAAACAUGGACAACCGGCAAUAAAAAAUACUUCCGUUGCAAAGUCGGAUAAAGUUGUUGGGCGGUGGCUUGCAGGAUGUAGUGGCAUGGUGUUCGUGGCUGUUGGUCUGGGUGGUGUCACAAGGCUUACAGAAUCGGGACUGUCCAUGGUUACAUGGAAGUUGAUGGGGGAACACAAGCCACGCAAUCAAUCUGAAUGGAUUGAAGAGUUUAAAAAAUAUCAACAGUAUCCGGAGUUCAAACUAAAAAAUGCCUCAAUGACUUUGGAAGAGUUCAAAUUUAUUUAUAUGAUGGAAUAUAUACACAGAAUGUGGGGUCGUGCAAUAGGCGCGGUUUUUCUAGUACCUGCUGCAUACUUCUGGAAAAAAGGCUACUUUUGUGCAAAGAUGAAGAAAAGUGUUGUAAUACUAGGAACGUUGAUUGGUCUUCAAGGUCUAAUGGGAUGGUAUAUGGUCAAAUCUGGGCUAGAGGACCGCUUCCAAGAUGUCAACGAUGUGCCUCGCGUAUCACAAUAUAGACUGGCGUCUCACUUAGCUGCUGCAUUCGUUCUGUAUGCUCUAUUCCUAUCAAAGUCGAUGAGUAAGCUCAUUCCAUCUGAAGCAUUAAUGGCAACAGCCAAACGGACCUUCAAUAUUAAACCUCUGUCGCAUUUAACGAAGGGCAUGGUGUUUUUAACAGCAAUAUCUGGUGCAUUUGUGGCUGGAUUGGACGCUGGACUAGUUUACAAUUCAUUUCCAAAAAUGGGCGAUAAGUGGAUACCAGAGGACCUCUUGCAGUUUCAGCCCGUUCAGAAAAAUUUUACAGAAAACCCAACAACAGUACAAUUUAACCAUCGCAUAUUGGGCAUUGCAACAGUUUCUUUGACGACAGUUUUGUGGCUGGUAACUAGGCGUAUGCAAUUGCCUAAGCGAGCUCGUUGGGCUAUACAUGCUGUAACUGCUAUGGCGUGGACGCAAGCUACCUUAGGAGUGACGACUUUGUUGAACUAUGUGCCCGUACCUCUGGCAACUGCACAUCAAUCCGGGUCAUUAAUUCUUCUUAGCUGUGCUGUUUGGUUGUCUCACGAACUUCGGCUUCUAAAGUAUAUUCCCAAAUAAUUUUAUAUAAAUAAAAUUAGAACUGCUGCAAAAUAAA